GGGUAGUGUGCGGUUGCUAAGGUAUUUUCCGCGGGAGUGUGCGUCAGUUCCGCUUCUCGCUGGCCCUUCCGAACUUCCUGGACCUGCACCAACCAGGCGGUGAAUUUAGGGGAAAAUAAGCCUCAGCGGAGAGCGCAGGUAUGAAAAGGUGCUGCCAGGCACAGUCUGCCUGCCUGGGAUCUCUGUAGCUCAGGACUCUGCACAUCCCUGGAAGUAGAAGGAAAAAUGACCACAUUCACGGAGGACUUGACCUUCGAAGACGUGGCUGUGGUCUUCAGCGAGGAGGAGCUGGGGCUCCUGGAACCCGCCCAGAGGCAGCUGUACCGAGACGUGAUGCUGGAGAACUUCCGGAACCUGGUCUCUGUGGGAAGAAAGAGCCAAAAUGAGAUGGAGAUUGCUUCAGCAUCAGGACCACAUGAAGAGCUUUCCUGCUGGCAGAUCUGGCAACAGGUUACAAGUGACUUAACCAAAUGUCAAGAUGCCAUUAAAAGCUAUUGUCAGUUCCCUAAGCAAACUGAUUUACCCAGACAGAUGGGGGCAGGAUUGUCUAUAAUUCACAUAGACCAGAAACCUUAUCAGUGUAAUGAAUGUAAAAAAUCUUUCAAUGAUGUCUCCCACUUUGAUCUUCAUCAACAAAAACACUCAGGAGAAAAGUCUCAUACGUGUGGUGAUUGUGGAAAAAGCUUCUGUUACAGCUCAGCACUUCGUAUUCAUCAGAGAGUUCACUUGGGAGAAAAACGCUACAAGUGUGAGGAGUGUGGUAAGGAAUUCAGUCAGAGCUCACAUCUGCAGACUCAUCAGAAAGUCCACACUGUAGAGAAACCAUUCAGAUGUGAGCAGUGUGGGAAAGGCUUCAGUCGUAGGUCAACACUAAUUGUUCACGGUAAAUUACACACGGGAGAGAAACCUUAUAAUUGUAAUGAAUGUGGAAGAGGCUUCAUUCAUGCUUCACAUCUUCAGGAACAUCGGCGAAUCCACACUGGGGAGAAACCUUUCAAAUGUGAUAUAUGUGGUAAGAACUUCCGUCGCAGAUCAGCACUUAAUAGUCACUGUAUGGUCCACACGGGAGAGAAACCGUACAAAUGUGAGGAAUGUGGGAAGUGCUUCACUUGCAGCUCAAAUCUUCAUAUCCAUCAGAGGGUCCACACAGGAGAGAAACCUUAUAAAUGUGAGGAGUGUGGUAAGUGCUUCAUUCAGCCUUCACAAUUUCAGGCCCAUCGGAGAAUCCACACUGGUGAGAAACCAUAUGUAUGUAAAGUGUGUGGUAAGGGGUUCAUCUACAGUUCAAGUUUUCAAGCCCAUCAGGGAGUCCACACAGGAGAAAAACCAUACAAAUGUAGUGAGUGUGGGAAGAGCUUCCGGAUGAAAAUCCAUUAUCAAGUUCAUCUGGUAGUCCACACAGGAGAGAAACCCUAUAAAUGUGAGGUGUGUGGAAAGGGCUUCCGUCAGAGUUCCUAUCUUAAAAUCCAUCAGAAGGCCCACAGCAUAGAGAAACCUUACAAGUGUGAGGAAUGUGGGCAGGGCUUCAACCAGAGUUCACGACUUCAGGUUCACCAGCUGAUCCAUACUGGUGAGAAACCAUACAAAUGUGAAGAAUGUGGGAAAGGAUUCAGUCGUAGAGCAGAUCUUAAAAUUCAUUGCAGAAUCCACACAGGAGAGAAACCAUAUAAUUGUGAGGAGUGUGGGAAAGUGUUCAGUCAGGCCUCACAUCUUUUGACCCAUCAGCGAGUCCACAGUGGAGAAAAACCAUUCAAAUGUGAAGAGUGUGGGAAGAGUUUCAGUCGGAGUUCACACCUUCAAGCCCAUCAAAAAGUUCACACUGGAGAAAAGCCAUAUAAAUGUGAGGAGUGUGGGAAGGGGUUCAAGUGGAGCUUGAAUCUUGACAUGCAUCAGAGGGUCCACACAGGAGAGAAACCAUACAAGUGUGGGGAGUGUGGGAAGCACUUCAGUCAGGCCUCAAGUCUUCAACUUCAUCAGAGUGUCCACACUGGGGAGAAGCCGUACAAAUGUGAUGUGUGUGGUAAGGUCUUCAGUCGGUCUUCACAGCUUCAGUAUCAUAGGCGAGUUCACACAGGGGAGAAACCUUACAAGUGUGAGAUAUGUGGUAAGAGCUUCAGUUGGCGAUCAAAUCUUGUAAGUCAUCACAGAGUCCAUGCUGAUGAUACAGUUUAUAAAGGCAGAAAGAGUGGUAAAAACAUCAGAGACUCCACAUGGGAAAGAAGUUCUACAAAAUGAUGUUUUAAAAAAAAAAAGCUCACAUGUGACCUGAAUUCUUACCAGCUCUCAGAGGAGAGAAAAUAAUUGUUUUAAUUUAUUUGGUGUUUUAAGUAGUUGCUGAAUAUAUCUGUUUUUGCCAGACGAUGCAGCAGAAAACGUUUGUAAGUGGUGCAGUAAAGGAUUCAUUCAGAACUUUGAUAUUUAUCUGAUGUCAGUUAGAGGAUAGUAUUUAGAAAGAAAAGAGAUUGGUCCAGCCUUUAACGAAGAUGAAAUGAUGGGCAUGCAGAACUGAUACCUACCAGAAGGUAAGAUCCACGAGGGCAGGGACUUUGCUGCUGAGCCUACACAGCCUUAACACUGACUAGCACUUGUAGGUGUGCUCAGUGCUUGUAUGUCAAAGAAACCAAAGGAGAAAAUGUACCGUAUGUGAAAGUCAUAUCCUGAGGGGAAAACCUGCGAAGUGAAAUUAAUUCAGGGAAGUGAACCUGUGGAAAUGCAGAAAACCGCUAGACAGUAUGGUCUGCAACAUGAAUGUGGUAUUUCCCUUCUGCACUUGGCUCCUGGCCCCCCCACAACCUCUGUUCUCAAGUUGGGUUCUUAUUUGGGGCCCUGUCUAGUUUGGGUACAGUAUAAAUUGGACUGUUCUGUGAUUUUCCUGAAAGCACAGGCUGCUCAAGUUUUUAAAACUUUAUAAGAAGUUACUGCAUAUUGCACUUUUCUUUUUCAGUGUUGAGAUGGGUUUGCCAUAACACUUUGAAAGUGUUGUAGGCGGUUACCAAUGAUAAUUGGUUCUUAAUUGACCUUGAAUUCAUUUUCUAAUUCUCUGCAUUUACAUCUAGACUUUGAAAUGUUUGCUUUCUAAUUUCUGAGCAUUUCUUUCAUUAAAACUUCUCAGGUAGGGGUUAUACCAUAUUCUUUCCCUGCACCCAUGAAAUGAGUACCAGAAAAUCUUAAGGGAAUUUGAUAAUCUUAUCCAAUAUAUUACUGAAGUAAGAAUGGCAUUUAUAUGCUCUUCCCUGUUGGUAGCAAUAAAGCAUAGUUUUGGGAAAGGACUAUAUAUCAGAAUAUAGAUUAUGUAUGUCUUUCAUCGGGAAAUUAUAUAAUUGGAUGUUAUGAUGAUGAGAUUAAAAUACCAAAAAGAUGAGAACCACAUUGAUGAUAUCACUGAAUUUUUUAAAUGGACGUAAGUGUAUAUAUAUAUAUGUAGAAAUUUGAGUUUUGGUAUAUUCCUAUGAAGACAAUUAAAAUUAUGGCAGGUAUCUUUAAUAACAGGAGAAAUAUGUAAUAUGGGCUUUGAGAUAAUAGUUUGUGGCUUUUAUAGUAUAAUCAAAUCUGUGUAUGCAUAUAUGUGCGCAUGAAUGUGCAUGUAUGUGUACAUGCAUGAGAUGUAUAAAGGAAUACUCUCCUGUGGUAUUUCUCCUUUUAUAAUUUACUGUUUUAUUUUUUCAUUGAACAUUGAAUAUUACUAAAGCAAUAAACUAUUACAAUAGAAAUUGAAAAAGUACUAAAUAAUCAUCCCUUUCAGUUAAGACCCCAUGAUAUGAGUGUUCUAUAUUGUCAUAAGACAUAUCAUGAUUAAGGAAUGGACUCCAGAAGCCAUUUUCAAAAAUAAAAAAUUCUCUGGUUAUGCUGCAUUCAGAGAUAAACUGAGUUUUCAACAA